AUGAGUAUCCCGCUCAUCGCAGCCACAAGCCAAGGCCAUUUGAAAAUCAUUCAUCUUUUGCUUGAAGCUGGCGCCGACCCUAACCAGCAUCGAAACACCGCUCAGCUUGAUCAACAGCGUGCAGCGUACCUGGUCAAAGAUGAUGAGGCUUCUUCGUCUGAUGGUGGUAACCAACAAUGGUUGGCUAAAGAGCGAUUUGAAGCAGCACCGAUAUACGCCUUGGCAGCGGCAUGCAUUACGGGGUCAAAAUCUGUCUUUGAGGAACUUCUCUAUGCGGGUGCAGUUGUGGUUCCAUCUGUCGAGGACCAGGAUCUCAUGCGGUUGCUCUGUGAAUCUGCACCAUCUCCAACGACACUGGAGAUGAUCGAUCUGCUUCUAGACGCGGCAGACGGGAGAGACCAGUUUGACAGCUUGUGCGAGCAAGGUCUUUUGAAAUCCGCCGCUCAGGGUAAUAAGGCCUUGUUCGAGCGACUUCUGACGUACGUGGAAGGAGACACUAGCACGAUGAUGCUCGCGUGUCAGUGUGGCUUACUGCAAGCCGUUCAGAUGCUGCACAGUCUUGGAGUAGCCCUGGAUCGUUCGGACGAGACAGGCAGAAGGCCACUCUCCAUUGCAGCCCACCACUUUCACUUGGAUAUCGUGGAAUUUCUUUUCACGCAAGGAGCCGGCGUAGCUGUAGCCGAUGGAAUCCAUGUUCCUCUUUUGGACAAGGCGUUGGCUGGCUGCAAGAACGCAAUACUUUUGCCAGAGGCGGUUGCAUUGCCUAAACUGGAUGUCUGCGAGGCCAUGGUAAAAUAUCUGAUAGAAAAGGGUUCUCGAGUCACGCCCGAGACUGUCCGUCAAGCGGCGGCUUUUGGCCGUGCCGAAAUUGUCAGCUUACUCCUCGAUUUGAUAGACCCCCCGAGUCAUUCGGCAGAGUGGAUGACGCCAGCUUUGUUUGAAGCCUUGGACGAGAACCAUCCCUCUGUAGUCCGUGUGCUACUUCAAAGAGGAGCUGAUCCGAAUGCGAUUCGGGAGACUCCUACCCCCGAAGACAAUCCAGCCGGCUGUCCAGGCUGCUAUGGGAAAACUUGGUUCCGAGCUGUUCCACGUGUUCCUCAAGUCUGCUCCAUCACUUACUCUAACCACCCGGGACUUCGACAUGGCCUUUGA